CGCGCAGUCCAAUUAAAAUCGUGGAAUGCACUCGACGCGCGCUCCUUUCCGCGUAUCUUCAAACGUUUUCCGUGAACUUUUAGACCUUUGUGCCUACGCUCAUGCCUUAUACGCUCGCCACCGUAAUGAAGAAAUCGAUUUUGCACUCUCAGCUUCCUCGACGGCGAAGCGUUUGAUGACGUCAAAGUGUGCAAUUCGUCGAAUCUGUGUUUACUCUGUUAUUAACACCAUGACCUCGCACUUGAGGUGAAUCCCUUGGGCAUGGGCGUGGAAAAUCACGCCACCGACGGUUCUCCAAAAGCAAUGCGCCAUCGCGGAAAGGAGGAGGAAAACCGUGCGACGAGAUCAUAGUCGCGCGUUCAAAUCUCCGCGAAUCCUGCAAUUUUUUCGAUAAGCCUUAUAUAAAAAGUUAUUAUUAUUAAAUUUUUUGUUGUUAAAUUAGGAAGUAUUUAAAUAAUUAAAUUAGAUUUUUCAGAUUACAUCCGGGAAUUUACUGGAUUUACCGGGAAAUUCCCUUUGGCCCGAAGGUUCCAAAGGCCGGUGUGAUACCAAAACGACGUCAAUACAUUAUUGAUUGACAUUAUAAACUCAUAUGGUGUGAUAUAUCUCACACACAUCAUGCAUAAUUAUGAUGCAUUCUGUGUUUACCGCGACAAUCCGAUUUAUACCAGAAAGAUCGUGAUAUCUAGAAUAGCGAGGCAUCACUUUUGUACUUAUCAAUACAAAAUAUAAUUAAACAAUCAACGUAAUAUUGCUGUAAACAUAACAUGUUUGUUUGAUUAGUUUGAUUGUGACCUAAUGUGAUAAAAUUGUGCAACUAUUAUUAUUCAAUUCUAUAUAAUUUCAUCGGUAAAAUUAAUUAUUAAUUAAUAUAAAUUUUAAAAAAUAUAAAAUAUGUUAAGAAAAUAUAUAUAUUUAAUUGAAAAAUGUCACAAGAAUCAUAUUUCAAGAUUAGUCUAGUUUAUGUAACUCAAGCUUAUGUUACAGUACAACUUAAUCUCGAACGACGAAGAAACAUGAAUCUCUCUCGAUAGCGCGAUUCCCCGAUUCCUCGGCGAAUCCGCUCCUGACGGAUUGAUUAGCGAUACGAAGUCUGAUCGUGGUGGGGACAGUUGUUGACCCUGGCUACGGUCAUCUACGUAUCAUGGACACUACUAGCUAUCGUCAGUCAGCGUGCUGAUCCACGACGGGACGGCCAUAAAACCGAAGGAGUCGUCGAGAUCAAGCGAGUCUCGUCGCUGUCAGGUGUACUGUGAUUGUCUCCCGGUGCUCUCUCUCUCUCUCUUUUUCUCUGCUGACAACAGUGAAGUAGUUCGUCGAAGAUGACGACGAAGUCGACCAUCCUGGUCUCUUUGAAGCUACUGACGUUUCUGAUCAUCAGUAUCAAUGCGCAGUAUGAGGAUUCACGAUCGGGCUGCAGGGCCGAUGGCCAAAUGGGCACGUGCAAAGCCGCCCGUAACUGCACCGCUGUGGCGACUAUCCUGCAGCAAUCGCGCGAUGAAGCAUUCGCCUACCUGAAGCGCAAUCACUGUGGCUUCGACGGCAAAACCCCGCUGGUGUGCUGCAUCAACAACAUCAUCACUCGUCCAACUCCGCCCAACGAGGACCUGUACGACCGUACUCUGACUAAUUCGGGUAAUUCGACACCCAGCGAGGAGGGAAGGAUCGGCGUGGACAACAAUCCGCUGCUACCGAGCGACUGCGGCCGCGACUUGUCGCAAAGGAUUGUCGGCGGUGAGCGCACCAGCCUCGACGAGUUCCCGUGGAUGGCGCUUUUGGAAUAUCAGAAACCCAACGGCAGGACCACGGCCUGCGGCGGUGUUCUGAUCAGCAAGCGUUACGUUCUCACGGCCGCGCACUGCAUCAAGGGCAAGGACCUACCAACGACCUGGCGGCUGAGCAGCGUCCGCCUGGGCGAGUACGACACCGACACCGACACGGACUGCAUCUCGGACGGCAACAACGGCACGACGUGCGCCGACGAUCCGGUCACCGUGGGCGUCGAGGAGCAGUUCGCCCAUGAAGAGUACCAACCGCUGUCGCGGCACCAGCGCUACGACAUCGCUCUGCUGCGUCUCGCCCAGGACGUCACCUUCACCAAGUACAUCAAGCCGAUCUGUCUGCCGUCCAACUCGACGUCGCUCGAUGACAGGUUGUUCUUCGUGGCCGGCUGGGGCAAGACGGAGACCCGCUCGUCCUCGAACGUCAAGCUGAAGCUGUCGUUGCCGCUGGUGAGCGACUCCCAGUGCGAUCAGACGUACAACAACGCUGGCGUGCGGUUGGGCUACGGCCAGAUCUGCGCGGGUGGCCAACGAGGCAAGGACUCGUGCAGGGGUGACUCGGGUGGUCCUCUGAUGGCGCUCGAGAGGCUUUCCGAUCGCACCGGCAAGUGGUCUGCCGUGGGCGUGGUGUCCUUUGGACCGUCGCCCUGCGGCAUGCAGGGCUGGCCUGGCGUGUACACCAAGGUGCAGGACUUCGUUCCCUGGAUCCUCAGCAAGCUGCGAGCUAUUCUUAAUGGAGCGAGCUUUGCUCAAGCAAAACUCUACUCCGGUUUAGACCGCUUACUCUGUGAGGUAAAAAAAGAGAAAGAAAGGAAGAAAAAACAGUCACAAGGUUACAAAAUCUAUCGUGAAGCUACGCAGUCGGUCUUACCAGAAAUAAACAUGAGAUUCGUCGAUGUGCUGGUCGCCCUUGUCGCUCUAUAUUCGACGACAGUUAGUGCACAAUCCGAAUGCACGGACAGCCGCGCAACUUGCAUCAGUAUCCGCAAUUGUCCGGCUAUCAUAGAGGUCCUGCGUGGUCCGAGACCGCUUUCGCCCGAAAGUUUGCAAAGACUUCGAAACGCGCAAUGUGGCUUCGACGGAAACGAUCCGCUGGUCUGCUGCAUAAACCAGCAAACGUCACCCACACCGUCGCCACCCACAUCGCCGCCACCCACACCGCCGCCACCGAGGCCGACGAUGGAGUCAGAACCGGAGGUCAGAACCGCUCCUAGUCCACCGGACGUGUCGAACCACCCGAAUCUACGUCUGUUGAACCAGAACUGCGGCUGCAUCACGGACUCGAGGAUAAUCGGCGGCAACAGCACCAGCGUUUUCGAGUUCCCGUGGAUGGCAUUAAUCGCGUACGAUAUCGGCAGGCCGAAUCCGGAGUUCCGCUGCGGCGGCACCGUCAUCUCGCCGCGGUACAUCCUCACCGCGGCUCAUUGCGUCACGACGCUUCCGGCAGGUCUCACGCUGAUCGGUGUUCGAGUUGGAGAUCACGACAUCAGCAAGGAACGCGACUGCGACGUGGACCAGCACGGGGUCGAGGUCCUGUGCGCCGAGAGGUACCAGGACUUCGGUGUGGAGAGCGUCCACUUCCAUCCGCAGUACACGAGAAGGAAGCUGCAGAACGACAUAGCGCUCAUCAGGGUGAACAGCAGCAUAGACUUCCGGCCGCAGAACGCUAAGCCAGUUUGUCUGCCGCUCGGCACCGCGGCGAGGCAGACCUCGUCAAGGGGCAUAGUAACCGGAUGGGGCGCGACGGAACUGGGCCCGCGUAGUCAGGCCCUCCUGAAGGCGAACCUACCGCUGGUGAGCUAUGAGGAAUGCAAGGAGAUAUACAAGCACACCUCGGAGAUUUGGUACAAGCAGAUGUGCGCCGGAGGCCAGAACAGCGUGGACUCGUGCAUGGGUGACAGCGGUGGGCCCCUGCAAUCGUUUGGCACCUACGAAAACAAUCCACGUAUUAUUCAAUACGGGGUGGUCAGCUACGGACUGAGACAGUGCGGCACCGAGGGCUUCCCCGGGGUCUACACGAAUAUCGUCUACUACAUGGACUGGAUUCUGGACACCGUGAGAGAAUAGAGAAGGAGCUUUGCAUCACGACACGCAAGUCGCAAGGCAUGAUGAAGCCGAAGAACGGGAAGGGGAACGUGAACUACGCGGAGUUGACACCCCUAUCGGCAUUUCUCGACAUCCUCGACGAUCAUUGACACUGAGAACUGAUUCCGAGGAAUUCUGGAUGAAUGAAGCGUAGACACAUUUUGCCUCGUAGGAUAUUAUUUUAUUUAAGGUAUAUCUUUUUUAUAUAUGAGAUUGAAGUAAUAAAAAAGAACAGCUUGGAAUGCACGAUAAACGCGAGAAAGGAAUCAAAAGGAUUGAUUUUAAUUGGUACGCAUCGAGAGUUGAUUAAGAGUUUUGAAAAGCGGAUGAACUGAAUACGAACAGUUGCUCGCAGUACAUUGUUUCAUGUAAAAAAUUUUUCUUAAGAUUAAGACAUCGGGAAAGCUUCAAUUACAAUUCUCGAAAUUUAUCAUUACAUGUUCAGUAUUGUAUAUACAUAAUUAAUUAUUAUACUAUAAUACCUACUUUGCACUCAUGUAUUAACGUAUCAUGUUAUUAUAUUUAUACGUUUUAUAAUAUAUCGUCUUUUUCA